AUGGUCCUUGGCAUGGCGGCUGGCAGUACCACCGCCACUGCUCCUACCGCUCUCGUAUCCGGUGCUUCCCACAGCAACCACGUCCCGAGUUCCAACUCCGGUACGGAGAAGCUCACCUCGCUCUCUCGCCCUCCCAAUCACGCAGUUAGCCCUCUUCUUGCCCAUACUGGUGUGCUCCAUACCAAUGGCAGGUUCACCCUCGUCAGCAGUACUCUCGGCAACGACAACCCAGGCACUCCUGAUGGCACUCUCAACGGCGCUCCCAACAAACACAACACCCCCAUAACCUCUCCUUCUCCCCCACAAGAAAACAUCACCCGGCCCCGCCCCCGCCUCGCCAUUCCACCCAAUUUUCAUUCCGUCACGGAGGAAACGUCCGCUCACGACUUGGACAACAACCAGUCGACCACGCCCAAUGAGAGUCCCAAGUCAAGUCUACCCAACCGCAACCCGACCCCUCCCAAACCAACCCCCAAGUCAUGCCGCUCCACGCCGUCCCUAACCCCCUCCGCGAGCAUCUCGAACCGCUCUUUCUCUACCUCGUCUUCCCCCUUGUCUCCUCCACAAGUUCCACCCUCGACGCCAGUGUCGGGCACGAGCUUUGUGUGUAUCACCUCGGCGCGGAUCGAGGCCGAGGCCAAAGUCCACGAGGAGCUCGUCACCCUUAUGCAAGGCCUUGAGUCGUUCAUUGAGCUGCCGCAAAUCGCUCCUCCCUCAACGUCCCCUCCUAUUCCACAUGGACCCCUGUCUACGCCCGCCCGCACCCUCUCUUCGGACAUGGAGGCGACUCUCGCCACGCCCCCGACUAAUCGUCUCGCCCUCAACCCUCUCGACCGCAUCGAGGAUGAAUUACAUGUCCAUUUCGAUGAGGGAUUGGCAUACGCAGUGACAAAGAGUCUACUUGGUCUUCGGCAGCCUACGCAGUCUCGUAGGCCGCCCCAGAAGCUGCGGCACAGUUUGGCGGCGAUUUCGAAUUUCGUGCCGGAGGCGUGGCGGCGGUCUGUUGAGGUGGUGGAGAAGGUUAAGAAGGAGAACAAGGAGAAGACAAAGGCCACAACCGCUGGCAUCAACGUGCGGCACGAGUACGGGCGCGCCACGGCCCCUGUCGCGGAACAGCAGUCGCACGAGAGCACCAACGUGGACAUGGGCACCGACGCAGAGUUUACCGAGUCGCUCGAGAGCGAGUGGGAGACAAUGUCCGAGGACACCGAGCAUGGCGAGGAGCUGGACCAGCUCUCUGGAGAGGCUAUCGCGCGCAAUGUUCAACAGCACAACGCCAACCUCCCCGCCGAGUUCUAUCGCCUUUCUCCGUUCAACACCCGUUCCUAUCCCGACACGCCAAAGCCCGCACCCCAUAACACGCAGCUCACUCCCGAUUCCAGUACUAUGGCGUGGGCCAACCAUCGCACUCCCACUUCGGCUCAGCCCUCGCAUUCGCAUCCUUUCGGCUCCAAUACCAACAACUGGCCCAACGCAUACUCGCACGGGACGGGCGCGUGGGCCAAGGACCCUCUUCCCGACACGCCUACACCGACCCGGAAGCAUUCCACAAUCCGCGAGGUUCCCCGCCCAACCGCGCCCACUCCCAACUCGGUCCCCCCCUCCAACACCAACACCGACAACACCCCCAACCCUAACCAGGCCUCUACCUCCAACCCCUCGCCCACCAUCUGCCGCCGUAUCACGGGCGAGUAUGACCCCGUGACGGGACCCCGGAUUCGCACGCAAAUCCUCCACUUCCGCCUCCCGGAUGGGAUCCCGGAUGGGAUGCUGGUCAAUGGCAGAGCGAUACACAUCUACGACCAGGCCAGUAUUAACGACUACUUUUCCCAGAUCAACGGUAAUUCCGGUACCGUGGGUGGUCAGUUUGCGGCGCCGCCUCACACCGUGAGCAGUGGUCAGUCGGCGGGGGUCCGUACCGCGAGCAGUGGGCAGUCGACGGCGCAGUCCCAUACCACGAAUGGCGGUGAGCCCGCACCGGCCGCGGCCACCCCGGCGCAUUCCAUCCUCCGGUCGCUGUUGUCGCCUCCCGCCACCCAGACGUACCCCACCCGUCGCACAUCGCGGCGCCUACCGACGCGCCUGCCCAACCCGUUCCGUCCGGCCCAUGGCGAAUUCGGGCUUGGCCGUGUUCAGCAGCAGCAGGAUCGGCAGCGUGGGCGUGAGCAGGGUGAGGAUGAGCAUCAGGAUGGACAGAAGGGGAAGAGGAUGCCCAAGCACAAGUGGUACGACUCGCGGCGCUGGCGAAACUAA